CAAAAUUUAACAAAGUACUGGUUUAGUUAACAGAAAGUCCCCAUCUUUAAUCACAAAAGGCAAGCCUUUUAGCACUGUAAUCAGAGCACCAAUCAGAGAGAGUUAACAUGAAGAGGAGGGACUGAAGAGACAAAAGAGGAAACCACCCUGCCCCACAGUAUAACCUGUGCCCUGACAGACAUGUCACUUUAGAAGUCGCUUCACAGUCAUGAUGCGAGGUAGCUCAUCGUUCGCCUUGGAGAAUAUUCACUAAACAUCUGACUUUUGAUUAUACAUCUACACCUUCAGACAUGAUCAGAAUCAACAACACCCAAUACUUCCACUUCCUGGAGCAGGCAGAUGCCUUACGCCGCUCAGGGUCACUCUGUGAUGCUAUAAUUUCGGUAAAGAGUCAAACUUUCAGGGCUCAUCGUCUAGUACUAGCCUGUGCUAGCAGAACUUUAGCACAGCAGCUAGCCCGCGGAGACAUAGACAGCCCUGUAUGCUGCACUCUAGAGUAUUUUUCACCUCACACCUUCCAGCAAGUUCUGGAUUUCACCUACACGCAAGCUCUUGAGGUCUCUGUGGAUGAUCUGCAACUACUAUUGAAAGCUGCACAACUGCUGGAGAUGCAGCCACUGGAGGAUCAGUGCAGGAAGCAGCUGGACAUUCUUGACUGCAGAGCAGAAAAGCAGGAAAAAAGAGACAAAACCACUGAUGUCAAAGUAGAAAAGGAGACUCCAGAGGGACAAGAUCAACAUUCAAACGCAAGUCCAUUUAAUGAGGAUAAACUGCUUAAGAGGUCCUUCCCUGGGAAUGAGGCAGGCACUGCCAUGGAAAACCUUUCACCCUCUACUCCUACUAAGACCCACAGCAGUCCAUCACCCCCAAGAAAGAAGGCCAAACUGUCCCCUAUUUCAGAACCAAUUCACAGCAGAAACAGUGCUGUUGCCAAGCCUGCUAGUAGCAAUUCCUCUUUCUCUUAUCCAUGGACUUUCUCUACAAACAUGUGGGACUCUGUGAGCACCUUGCGGCGAAUAGCAGAAAACUAUCCAAGCUUACUUGCAGCUCACCCUCUUCAGUCACCCAACCAGUCCUCUAUACCCUACCCAUACUCUCUCUCCAGUCCCCAAAUGUUCCCCCUACUAAGUUCUCAUUUUCAAACCCCAGGUCAGAACCCCAUAAUGGGCUACUCAGGCUUCCACCCCCGCUAUGCACAAAACAUUUACACUGGUCCGACUCGAAUGGGAAACAUAAUCAAACAGAGCCUUUUAAAAAGAAAAAGAUCUAGCCAGAAAGCAUUUCCUGGGACUGUUCAACCUGGUGAACCAAGUUACCCCGAAGUGUCCAAAGCCAGCAAAGACAGAGGUCAAGACUGCCAACAUUGCAGUCUACGCAAUGAUCCGGUGCUGCGGGAGUCAGUCUCCACACAGUUAGGCAAAACCUGCACAGGAUGUCGGUUCUGCGGACGAGGAGACGUUACACCGCAUGAAUCAGAGACCAGAGGAGACCACAGAGGAGAAAAACCCUAUCAGUGCCAACAUUGCCCUAAGAAGUUUAGUCUGAAACAUCAGCUGGACACACACCACCGAGUACACACUGGCGAAAAACCAUUCGAGUGUCGCCUCUGUGGUCAACGUUCACGGGACUACUCGGCCAUGAUCAAGCACCUGCGGACUCACGGCGGGGCCGCGCCAUACCAGUGCACAGUGUGCCUGGAGUUCUGCAGCAGCCUGGUCGCCAUGCAAAGACACAUCAAGAGCCACGCAGUGCAAGACUUCCCCCCUGACUGGAGCAUCAACAGCACCUACCUGUAUAUCUCCCACAUCUGAGCCACGCCUCACAAUCCAACUGCCUCCAUCGACGCGAAGUUCUCAAGAGUGUAGCUGUAAUGUGCCCCUCUCAGCUAUAAUCAUUACAUAGCCUACACACAGCUAAGCAUCAAUUAUAUUUCUAAAGGUAAAAUUUAAAAAAAAAAAGUAUGUAUGGUAAUGUUUGAGAAAUCUAGAGGGCCAUUAAACACUUACCCCUAAGUGAAAUGCAAGAUUACAAACUGGAGUGUAGCAAUAACUUGUAUACAAACUGCAACUGUUCUGUAUUCGCCGUCAAAACUACAGAUCAGAUCAAUACAGCACUAAUUUCCAGUGAUAUGUCAGAAAAAGAUAUUGAAAGUGUCUACCAUGCAUUAAAGCCACAUCAACAGCUUAUCCUCAUCGAAUGACGCAGGCAUCUUCUCUCCGACUUUCAUUAUCACUUGACUGUUGUAUAAUCUUUGUGUGUCUGACUUAGGUUUACAGCACCCUCUUGAGGAGAACCACAGUAACAUUAUGACAAAUUUCAACUGAAAUAUGCAACAUAGUGUCCACAUCUAUCUUAUUCUGGACAGAAAGAAAGGCGAUUUCUCCAGAAACAAUCAAGAUGAGUUUAAGCUGUAGCAGUACUGGUGAGAGAACUGGCAGCAAAAAUGUUAAUAUACAAAAAACAGUUUAAAGGAGGCUAAAAUUUAGCAAAGAUGACACCAGUCCUCUCAUUAAUAGUGACUAGUUAGCUUAUAUUAUCAGUAUUAUCACAGAGCUUUUGCAUCUAUACCAAGCUUGAUAGUGAGAAUAGUUGAGCGCUUUCUUUUCUUUAUUUGGACGUGCUGUAGUAAAAGUCACUGAGAGGUAGGCCUGCCAACUUAAAUACCUCCAUAAAAGCUCCAUACAAGUUUCAGGAUUGAAAUUAUUACAUACAUAUUAUGUAUGUUUGCACACUGCUUCCUGGAAUGAGCUUUCAGUGAAACUCUUGGGUCUGUUUCCAUCAAAAUGUAUUUGUUAAUUUGUACAGCAUUAUCCUAAAUGUGUAUUAGCUGUGAAAUAAAUAAAUAAACAUUAUUCAUCUUUCACUCUAAUUUUUUUUCAUACAGAUGUUGAUGUAAAUACACAUAGAUAUAAACAUAAAAUGCAAAGUGCAAAAUCUUUACAUUAAUUACACAUAGCAAGUACCCUUAUUUUUCACCUUAUUUUUAAAAAAUACAUAAAUACAUACGUUGACG